AUGACGGGUCCGCCGGGCGGCGCGGACGACCACUCCCCGCCGAGCGGCGGCGGCGGCGGGCGGGGCGCGAGCGCGCUCGCGGCGCUGAUGCGCGCGCGCGCCGCGUCGGCGUCGUCCUCCUCGCCCGCGCCCACGACGACUCCGACGACGACGCGCGACGAGGCGUCGUCGCGCGAGAAUGCGCGCGACGCGGCGAUCGACGCCGCCGCGCGCGUCUUCCCCGAGCUCGUCGCCGAGCUCGCGGAGACGAUCCGACGCGCGGUGACGACGAGCGGCGAGGACGACGUCGACGACGUCGAGAGCCGCGACGAGAGCGCGGCGUCGACGGACGACGACCUGGCGCAUCCCGACGACGACCGUCGUCGACAUCAUCGUCGUCACGACGACGCGAGGAAGCGCGCGAACGACGACGCGACCAUCACGCUGCCGCUGCCGCCGACGCCGGACGGCCGCGCCGCCCUUACCAACGCCGCCGCGCUUUCCUCGCUCGACCUCAGCGGCGACGACGGCGUCUCCGCGCGCGACGGGUCGUUAUCGCUCUCGCGGCAGAUCCCGCUCCCGCCGCGCCCGCAGUCGCAUCAGCGCCGAUCCGUCGAGAGCGCGCUGGGCGGCGGGCCGGAGAGCUGGCAGAGCGCGGGGUCCGUGAUCGUGCACGCGACGCCGACGGGGAGCGCCGCGGGGAGGGCGAGGGCGAGGACGAGGAUGAGGUGUAGCGGCGACGGCGAAGACGCGAGGAAACGCGCGGCGCGGACGGCGACGGCGGCGGCGGCGACGGCGGCGGUGGGCGCGCUGCUCGAGGAAGCGUCGGGGACGGAGACGACGCGAACGACGCGCGCGACGCUCGACGACGACGCGAUGGACGCGCUGAGCGACGCGCUGGCGAUCGCGAUCGCGCGCGGCGCGCGACCGCUCGCGGACGCCGCGGCCGGCGCGCUCGGCACCGCCGCGUGCGCGCGUCGCUGGCGCGUCGCGUCGCGCACGCUCCGCGACGCGAAGCGCGCGAUUUCGAUUUCGAUUUCAAUCUCGAUUUCAAUCUCGACGUCGGCGUCGAGUGAGUCCGUCGCCGCCGCCGCGACGCGACCCCUGAACGUCGCCGCCGGCGCGGUCGUCGUCGCCGCGCUGGACGAUCUCGUCGGCGUCGCGGCGUCGUUAGCGCCGUCGUCGUCGUCGUCGUCGUCGUCGUCGUCGCCGACGCCGCCGGACGACGCGUCAGGUGCGCUCUAUACACUGGUCCCCAUACGACCGCGUCGGCGUGGUGAACGCCGAUCCUUAAGGACUUUUGCCGUCGUCUCUCUCCGCCCACACCUCGCUUUCAAUCCCCGCCAUCGACGCCUUUCAACUCCAACUGACGCCUUUCAACUCCACCCCGACAUUCGCUUGUAUAGAACGGCCCUCAGACGCGAUGCGAGCGUUGGAGGCGCUGUCGUCGACGGCGAGGGGCGCUGCGGCCGUCGCGGCGCACGCGUCCGCGGCGGGGGCGCUCCUCUCGCUGCUCGCCCCACCCGCGGAACCUUCCGGGGUAUCGCGCGUUAA